AAAUCCAGAUAACAAGAAGUAUUUGGCCACACAGUUCUGGCCAGGACACCAGUGGCAUCAGGGCAGGUGAAUAUAAAAGAUGCUGAUGUUUGACCCGGUCCCUAUCAAGCAAGAAGCCAUGGAGCCUGUUUCAGUGUCAUACCCGUCCAAUUACAUGGACCACAUGAAGCCAAACAAAUACAGCGUCAUUUAUUCUACGCCGAGCAUGUUGCACAACAAAUUCUACUCCAGCCCCGAAGGACUCUCGAACGGCAUCCAGAUGGAGCCCGUAGACCUCACGGUGAACAAGCGGAGCUCGCCGCCUUCGGCUGGAAGUUCUCCUUCCCCCUUAAAAUUCCAGACUGCCCACAGGAGGACCUCUCCUGGAUUGACUCUCUCCUCACCCAGCUCCCCCCUGAGCAAAUUCACCCCGUCUCCCCCGGGAGUGCAGCCCAUUUCCAUGCCAAUCACCAUCCCGCCCGUGAUGGCCGCUGCCCUUUCGCGCCACGGACUGAGGAGCCCCGGCAUCCUCCCGGUGAUACAGCCCGUGGUGGUCCAGCCCGUUCCCUUCAUGUACGCCCCCCACCUUCAGCAGCCCAUCAUGGUCUCCACCGUCCUGGCAGACGAGAUGGAGACGCCCAGCAGCAUGCAAGUGCCCGUCAUCGAGUCUUACGAGAAGCCUGCCCUGAAGAAAACAAUCAAAGUGGAGCCAGGAACCGAACCCUCGAAGACCGACUUCUAUCCCGAGCAGAUGUCACCACCCAUGAUGACCUCGCUGUCCCCCCAGCAGGUCAUGCUGCAAGAGAAUCACCCCUCGGUUAUAGUUCAGCCGGGGAAGAGGCCGCUGCCCGCGGAAUCCCCGGACACGCAGAGGAAACGCCGGAUCCAUCGGUGCGACUACGAGGGCUGCAACAAGGUCUACACCAAGAGCUCCCACCUGAAAGCUCACAGAAGAACCCACACAGGUGAAAAGCCCUACAAGUGCACGUGGGAGGGCUGCACGUGGAAGUUUGCUCGCUCCGACGAACUGACGCGGCAUUUCCGCAAGCACACGGGCAUCAAACCCUUCCAGUGCCCGGACUGUGACCGCAGCUUCUCCCGCUCCGACCACCUCGCCCUCCACAGAAAACGCCACAUGCUCGUCUGAACCUCUUCAGCCCCCGACUCCCCUUUUAGUAUUUUUUGGUUUUGUGUUGUUUUUUCACACGUGCAUUUAAAUUUGGAUUCAGCUGGCCUGAAUCCCCCCCCGGUUUCUACCAUUAAAAGCUUCCGUAUGGUCAGUAACAGACGGUAUCUAACCCUCCUGUGUCCUCGCCACGGGUCAGACCUCAAGAAUGUGAAGGCUUCUCUCCACUCUGGGCUUGUUCUCCAGGGGAGAUGUUUAAGCAAAAACCCUUCCUGCAGCCCGUAGGUCUGGUGUGUUGCGGUGCCAACGAGGGAACCUGGAAACUGAAAACUUCUCUUGGUUUCUUCAUUUAAUCAGCCCACGUGGAUAAAGUAGUAAAUGUUACCGUGUGCCCAAAAUGCUAGUCCUUGCCACAGACUUGUUCCUGACGUGCCCGGGGAGGGGCACGCUGGUGUUUGAUGCUCCACAGUGCAACGGAUGGACUCUUCCCAAACCCACCUCGGUGCCUGCGGCGCGGUUGAUCCGAGGGUUGUGGGAUGGUGGUGCCUGAUCUCACAGCUGCCCCCCAGACACCCACUCCCACCCAGCCCAGAAAUAAACCUGAGCCGUGUCAGUGCUCCCCAGAGAGACUGAGUCCCGGAGUCAUUGGCAGGAGUCGCUCCGUAGGGAACGUCGUGCACCUCGGGGGUGACCUCCUC